AUGAACCUAAAUACACCGCUUCAAGGUGCCCACAUCCAAGAUCCCUUCGGUCUGACUUUGGCGAAUGAGUUAUGGGGAGUCGAAUACCCACCAGGCACAAAGUUGUCACGUCUCUCUUAUGCUCUUGUCAGACAGGUGCUGACUCCGGACCUCCUUAGAAAAGACGACCGCCUAGAUAGCUACAUCCUGGCACUGGAAGACAAGCUGUGCGUGUUUAACCCGUCCUGGCAUAUAAUCCGGAACUUUCAACACCUAGUCGAUCUUGUUCAACUGCUAAAGGACACAUGGGGAAUGAAACGCGAGAGCCUCCUUCCUCACUUAGCAGCUUUCCAGCCGAAGGACCAGAAGUUGUACACUUCGAUAGAUUUUGCCGUCCAAACCUGGCUGCUGCUUGGCUUUCACAAUGGCGGCGAGAAUAGGCCGCCGGGUGAGCUCAUCUUCGACUGGCGGCCGCUCCAGAAGCUCGAAGAAGCUAUCGUGGCCAACCUCUCUAGAGAUGACCAGGAGGAACUGGAGCCAGACCGCCUGUUUUCCGACAAUUUCAACCUUCGCGAUAUCCACGUACUCGGGGACUUUGUGAUCCAGCCGACGGACAACAUCCUCCAGCACUUGUCUGUACAGAAGUAUCGGGGCAGGGAGUUCAGGGUGACGGUAUUUGUCUUCUUCUACGCCAACCGCGUGCCCACCCCCUUUAUAAACGAGACCCUGCGCACUUUGGCCUUGCUGCUCCCACCUCACGAGCCUGAUGUCAAUGAUUGGUUUUCACAUUAUUCGGCCAAAAUGCAGCGCAAAAUGCAACGCACCCGGCGGCGAGGACGUCUGUUGGGUAUCGAUCCCCACGCGAGGCUGCAGCCGGGGGCCUCGCGACGCGUAGCCGACUACAACUACUGGCGCCCACGGCUGCUGGCCCUGGAGAAGGCAUUCGCAGACUCAUCGCCGCGGACGCUGAAGCAGUGGUGGCGCGACCGGCGGCGUACGCGUGACUGGGCCACCUUCUGGGUCGCCGCAUUGGCGCUACUGCUGGCCCUGCUUUCCCUGCUCGCUGGCCUUGUGUCGACUGUGUUUGGGGCAUUAUCGUGGGAGGAGUCAAAGGUUGCAAACUCAUACGCGAGCGGGGAGACCACCGUGACGCCGACUUCAAGCUGCUGCUGCUGCGGAGAAUACUCCGGCAGUGACGGCGGCGAGACAAUUAUGGCGAGAAACUACACCUCUGCUACGGGGACGGUGACCGAGACGGACCAUAUCUUCACGCAGGUUGUGACGGUUACUGCAUGGGUGACUACGACAAGGGCUUGGACUGUAACGGUUGUACACUCUAACUAG